AUGGAUUUCCUAGGGAUUAAAAGAGGAUCAAUACGGUCACUGGCUUUAAAUAAGUUAGCCGCGUUCUCGUUGGAAAAUCCAGAGGAGAAUUCACAAACUAAACCUCCAACAAAUGGCACAGUUAAUGGUUUUGUCAAUGGCUAUGCUAAGAAAAAGACCUUAGAGUCUAGUGAUUUCAUCAGAUUAUCAAAAGCUGUCUCAAUUUCUGAUAUUUCAAGUGUCCCAAUCACCCACAAGGAACUAGAAAUUGUGCUCGCCUUAUCAAGGAGUAGUUCAUCUGCUCGUGUCUUUGGACAAGCAGUUGACCUGUUGAAUGUUUUAUCUCCAUAUUUCUUGGAAUCACCAUAUCAACAAUUCAAAUCACAUUUAAGUCUCCAAUUGAGUCCUUCACCAUGGGAAAAUGUGACUCAAGAGUUGACUAGAUCAAUCAUUGAAUUGGCUAACAAGUUCCCAAAGCUAAAUGAACAAGUUAAAACACUCUUUGAUAGAUUCAUUUCAGGUUUCACAAACAUUGACGGACUAAAGUUGUCAAGUUAUUUCAGUUUAAUUGGAUUUCUCAAUGCUUUGAUUGCUUCAGAAUCUGGCAUGGAUUUUUGGCUGAAUGCGAAGUUGAUUAAAACAAUCAAUGAUGAGUUUUUGAACUCCGUUGAACAUGUUGGGUCUGCAUGUUUGGAAGAUGAACAUGACUACAAUUAUUUGCUAGCUUACCAAUCAUCUGGGAAUGAAUUCAGUGCACUGGUGUUUGUCAAGUUAAUCCAAGAAUUAAGCUCUAGAGUUAUGAAAUCAGUUGUUACUGAAAGACUGCCUUCAACCCAAGAAAAUUUAAUUGAUUUUGUCUUGCUAGCAACAGCUAAGGAUUAUGACGCAGAACCAGAUGAAGACACAAACUUGAAUGCCAUUAAAACAUCACUUUCAUACCGUCUACAGGACGUUGAAGCUCUAGUUCAAAAUUCAUUACGCCAAGUCCAAGAGUUGGAUAGUGGGAAUAAUUACGUCAGUAUGACAUCCUUAGAAAGAAUUAAACUGGCACUGUAUACCAAAAGUUUAGCUUACCAAGUUAUCGGAACCGGUCUCCUGGCCAACAUUGUUUCAUCUGAUACUGUUUUGGAUUUGGUCAAGAAUUCUUUGUCUAACCCUCAUGAAAUUUGGGAUAUUCAUUUGGCUCCAACUGUGGUUUCUCUAGGUUCUUUGUUGUGUUACAAAGAAGGAAAAAGUAUAAGUGGUCAAUUGAUCCACUCCUUUCCGCUGAUUAUUUCCAAUGUCUCACCAAACGCUCAAACCGAAGCUUUUGUCAAACAUGUCUCAAGAAAUUUGGCAUUGGGAUUGAAACCAUUGGAUCAAGAUUCUAUUAUCACUACAAUCUACUCAUUGAUCAACUUAUUGGCUGUUGAUAACGAAGGUGCUCCUGUCUCAGCAAUAAGAGAACUAAGAAUCAGAAGUGCAACCAAGAAUACAAUUAAUUCCUUGGACGCAAAAUUCAGACCUUCACGUUCAAACACAAUGAAUUCUUUGAAACAUAAUGGAUCGAUGACUUCUGUUAAUCUUAGCGAAGGUCCAAAUAGUCUCGGUGAAACAAUGAUAUUCAAAAAUGCUAUUCAGUCGGCUAUUGAAAUUGCUAAAAGCUAUGACGAUCCAACUAUAAUGGUGCUAACCGUCACAGUCAUUUCUCAAAAAUUCCAAAAAGUCUCAAGAAACUUGGAUUAUCAACUAUUACACGGAUUAGCUGAAAUUGCUCCAUAUUUGUCAGAGAAGGAAUUUUUGAUAAUGAUGAAGAUGUUUGAUUCUGGUGUUGCUAGCUCUAGUCAGAAAAAAGACCUCUCAUUCAUUACUGCUAUUAUCAAUGCACGUAUCAAUAUAUCUAAAAAAUUAAACAAGGAUAAAGAGAACUCAUUAUACAUAACCUAUUUGAAUGAAUUGUUGAACAAUGUUGUUGCUAGAGGUGAUAUUCAAACUGCAGACCACCAUAGAUCUCACGUUGAGAUUUCUGAGGUAGCAAAGGAGAUUGCUUAUUUUUUCAAACCAAUUGCUGCAUUAUUACCAAAAUUCAAAGCAUUACCGUUGAAUGAUGAUAUUGAUUUGAUUAAUUCAUUCAGAAAUUUUUGGUAUAAUUUGGUUGUUCAUGGUUACAAUGAAACGUCUCCAAUGACUGAAGAACAUAGAAAAGAAUUGGAAAUCAUCGCUUUAAGUACACCUCCAUUAGCAUCAGAAUUACCAAGGUUGCAUACAGAAACCUCGUUUGAGUUGAAUGCUGUUUUGAGACGUGGCUCUUCAAAUCAUAAUGUUAAAGAUCAAAAGCAUAUCAUUAGUGGUGUUUCGAAUACCAAUGCUUUAGAAGUUCGUGCCUUGUCAUAUUCAAAAUUGAUGUUUUUGUCUGCAACUUCAUUACUUGAAAAUUUGAGAGUCAAUUGCGGUGAUUGUUCAACAGUUUUCCGUUAUUUUUCAGACCCAUCAAUCAUCAAGACUAACAUUGAAAAAUUUAUUGGUUCAAUCGCAAUGUCAUCUAUUUCUAAAUAUGUCAAAUUAACUGGGAGAGGUGGUGAUGGAAACUUUAGCUCUGAUAAUGUUGCACUUCAAUUAACCAAAUUAUUAAUUUUGUGCUGUCAUAGAGAUUAUGAUCUGCAGGAUGCAGCUUUCCAAGGUGUCCAAUUGUUUUUAACAAAAUUACCAUCAAGUCUAUGCCACCAUCAGAGUUUAUACACUUUACUGGACAUUUUGACCUUAUUAUUUGAUAGUAUUGUGGACUCUGAUACAAAUAAAUAUGCACCACAGAGAGAGUUUUAUCUUAAACAUUCAAAAGUCAAGUUAACCCUAUCAGACUCAUCAAAAUGGAGACGCUCAACUUUGGAGAAGCUUCACAAGAAGGCUAAAGAAUGGUGUCUGUUAUCACUGGUGAAAAGUAAUCAGGAUAUGAAGAGUUUACUACAGGCUUAUAUCACAGAUUUGGGUGUUUUUAAGAGACUGAAUAGUGUUGAAUUUGGUGUUUCAUUUGCAGUUGAAGUUGCAGGUACAAUUUUACCAACCGACUUGGAAUUAUCAAAUAUCCCAUCAACUGCUUUAGAAAAACCAGAUACCAUUGCUGGAUUCCUCUCACAAUAUAGUUGGAGAUCAAGAAAUAUUGCGGAAAAGGCAACAAUUGUUCCAAUUAAAGACCUUCGUAACAACAAAGAUGAUGAGUUGAAGAGACUGAGACAAAAAAUUUCAAUCGGUGAAGCAGUUUCAGAGCAAGAACUGUUGAAUGUUUUAGAUUUAUUGGCCAGCUUGUUGAUUUUACCUCAAGAGGAUGAAGAUACUGCUAGCUUGGUUCAUGAAUUGGUCUCUAUUCCAUUUGAUGUUUUCACUUCAGAUUCUAUGAAAGUUGCAACUACUGUUUGGUUAAGCAUCAUCAAAGAACGUCAGGAUUUAUCAUUUUUGCUGUUGUCUGAGAUUGGUAUUUCAUGGGAAGAAUCCAUCACAAAACGCCAAGGGUUGUAUUCCAAAAAGUACGAUUUGAAAGAUGAAGGGUUUUUGAAAAUGACAUACUCUCCAUCUGAUAAGGCCAAGAUUGAUUAUACCAGUCAUUUAGUUUCAAAUGGCUUACAGACUCAUUUACAUAUCAUCAAGUUGUUUUCCUCACAUUUCCAAGGAACAUUAUAUCAAAGUGCUCAUUUAUUGAAAAUUUUCACCCGUAUUGUUUCCGUUGGUUUAGAACAUUUGAAAAUUGCAAGCUUACAUCCAUUUGCCAGAUUGAUCAGAAGUGAAUUAAUAAAGUUAGGAUUUGACGUUUUACAAGUUCAUUCCAAAACACAAUCCAAAUUUGUCAUUCCUUUAUCUAGUGUAAUUUUGGAUGGUGUUUUAUCAUGGUUCAUAAAAAAGAAUCAUUAUCCAUUUGGAGGUAACAAUUUAAAAAUCAAAGCUGAUUUGAAUUUGUUAGUUGAAGUUUUCGAAUUGGUUAGAACAAUGCCAUUCAUUCAAAGCUUUGAUAAGUUGCAAUCUAAAAGAAACUUGUGUUUGAUUUUUCUCAAAGAUGAAAUUUCCAAAAUUAUGGUUUGGUUAAAUCCUAGUCGUCCAUUAGAAUUCAAAGCUGAGUUUUUAAAACCAGAUGCAUCAACCGUUAGAUUUGCUUAUCUUUAUUAUUCACCAAUCCUUGGUAUUUCAUUAGUUGAUCGUUUCCCAUCACUGGAAAAGACUUUACUAGAGUUGAUUGCUCAAAAUCCAUCCAGAGUUUUAGCAUACCAUGAAGGUGUUCCGUUUUUAUUAAAAAUUCCAAGUGCAACGAAAUAUUUACUUCUAGCACCACCAAUUUCACCAACUGAUUCAAUCAACUUAUUCCAACCACCAUUUUUUGAAGAUCCAUCAAUCAUUCAGUAUAAUAUGAGAUCAUUGGAAUCUCACGAUGUGAACUUAACAUUCUUUUAUGUUCCUCAGAUUGUUCAAAGUCUGAGAAAUGAUUCUCUAGGAUAUGUUGGUAGAUUUAUUGUUGAGACUGGUAAGAUUGAUCAAUUAUUCGCACAUCAAAUCAUUUGGAACAUGUUUGCAAAUAGUUAUAAAGAUGAAGAUUCUACAAUUGAGGAUAGUAUUAAGCCAAAGCUGGAUUUCAUCAUGUCGAAAAUGAUUAAUUCCUUUUCUGAAGAGGAUUUGAUCUUUUACAAGACUGAAUUUAAGUUCUUCAAUGAAGUUACUGAAAUUUCUGGUAAAUUGAAACCAUAUAUUAAAAAGACUAAAGCUGAAAAGAAAAUCAAGAUUGAUGAAGAAAUUUCCAAGAUUGAAGUGCUAGAAAAUGUUUAUUUACCUUCAAAUCCAGAUGGUGUUGUUAUUGAUAUUAAUAGAACUUCAGGUAAACCAUUACAAAGUCAUGCUAAAGCACCAUUUAUGGCAACAUUCAAAAUCAAAAAGGAAGAAGAAUAUAAUGGUCAGUUAAUCACUAAUGAAAAAUGGCAAAGUGCUAUCUUCAAAGUUGGUGAUGAUUGUCGUCAGGAUGUUUUGGCAUUACAAUUGAUCUCCAUUUUCAAGAGUAUUUGGGAAAAUUCUGGAUUGGAUUUGUAUUGUUUCCCAUAUAGAGUCACAGCUACUGCACCAGGAUGUGGUGUUAUUGAUGUUUUACCAAAUUCUAUUUCUAGAGAUAUGUUGGGACGUGAAGCUGUUAAUGGACUUUAUGAAUAUUUCAAGAGUAAAUUUGGUAAUGAAAAUUCUAUUGAAUUUGAAGAAGCUAGACACAAUUUCAUCAAGUCAUUAGCUGCUUAUAGUAUCAUCUCAUAUUUGUUACAAUUCAAAGAUAGACAUAAUGGUAAUAUCAUGUAUGAUGAUAAAGGUCACAUUUUACAUAUUGAUUUUGGGUUCUGUUUUGACAUUGUUCCAGGUGGUGUUAAAUUCGAAGCAGUUCCAUUCAAAUUGACAAAAGAAAUGGUUAAAGUUAUGGGAGGAUCAAAUGAGACUGAAUCUUUCAAGAUGUUUGAAGAGUUAUUUAUCAAAGGUUUCUUAAGUGUGCGUCCAUUUUAUGAAUUGAUUGUUGGUAAUGUUAUUCCAAUGUUGGAUAGUGGAUUACCAUGUUUCAAAGGGGAAAAGACAAUUAGAAACUUGAAGCAAAGAUUUUUCCUAAACAAGGAUGAUAAAGAGGUGAUCAGCUCGCUGAAAGGAUUGAUCAAAAGUAGUUAUGAGAGUAUGUUCACGGUUGGUUAUGAUAAAUUCCAAAAGAUCACAAAUGGUAUUCCAUAUUGA